CCCGGCGCCGCGCUGCGGCGGGAGCUGGCCGCGCUCUGGCGGCGCCGCGCCGCCUGCACCGAGCCCGAGCCGCGGGGAGAGCCCCGCCGCCGCCGCCGGAGGGGUUGGACGGUGCCCGGCACGCUGUGGUGCGGAGCCGGGGACUCGGCCGGGAACGCCACCGAGCUGGGUCUCUUCCGCGGCCCCGACCGGUGCUGCCGGGAGCACGACCAGUGCGAGGCGCAGAUCACGGCGCUGCAGUUCAACUACGGCAUCCGCAACUACCGCCUGCACACCGUGUCCCACUGCGACUGCGACGCCAGGUUCCGGCGGUGCCUGCUGGCCCUCAACGACACCAUCUCCAACAUAAUCGGCGUCACCUUCUUCAACCUGCUGGAGGUGCCGUGCUUCGUGCUGGAGGACAGCGAGGAGUGCGUGCAGUGGCAUUGGUGGGGCGGGUGCGAACGCUACGGCGUGGUGCCCCUGGCCAGGAUGGUGCAGCAGGGGCAGUACGGCCACGGGCUGCCCGCAGAAGGCAGCGACAGCAGCCGGGGAAGGAAGGCCUCUGGAGCAGGUCGAAAGCGCCCGCGGCAGGGGCUGGGACGAGGUCCUGGGCUCCGCCGUUUGCGGAGGCCUGUGACAGCCCAGCAGCUGCGGGACCCGGGUGCCUCGUCCCCUGAGUCUGCCAGGGACAAGGCUGAGCCCGCUGCCAGGCACACAGCAGCUUGGGGUGAGCUGGAGCCAAGCCUGCCAACCACGGUGGCCAUGCCAGGACAGGAGCUCGCUGGAGGACAGCAGGGGACAGUGACCUCAGCACAGCCAACCCCUAAGGCUCGCCUUGAAGACAGCAGCAUCGGAUCCAGCCUGGCUACGGAGCCCUGUGAGGCUGUCCCUGCGCCUACCAGGGAUGGGCGCAGGCAGCAGGGCCUGGGGAGGAUGUGCAGGUGCUACAAGCGCUUGGACAAGUGUGAGCACCAGAUCGCGCCCCAUGAGUUGAAGUACCAGCUGCAUAACGCAGACACACGGACACUCUUCCACUGCAACUGCACUCGCAGACUGGCACGGUCCCUGCGCAGGACGAAGGGUUUCAAUGAGGUGCAGGCGGCAGUGUUGGCUGACCACGUUGCUGCAGCUUGCUUUGUGUUGGAGCCACUCACCAACUGCAGCCUGGGCAAGGAGCCACAGCACAACAGCUGUACCUCAGCAACCCGGGCUGUGCUAGUAGCACCUGCACGGCAUCUCAGAAACGUCCUGAGGCGCUGGGGGGCUCCUCGCGUAACCGCCAAGGUCAAGCAUCAAGAUGGGAAGACACAGGGCAGUGGCAGCACACUCUAUGAGCACUGCCGGCAACUGGCUUUGGAGCAGAAGCUGUGUGCACAGCAUCAUUCAGCACCCCCAUGAUGCCUGAGCAGUGCGGGCAUGCCUCGUGUGGGAAGGAAGACGUGCUGUGCAGCAGGCACUGAGUGGAGCUGCUUAAUGUCUGGUCCUUGAGAGAAAGGAUGGCACCAAGCAUGGCUGCUGGCAUGACUACGUGGAAUUGGGGAUGGGGGGGGGCGCAGCUGGAAUGAGGGCAAGCAGAGGGGCUGAGGAGGCUCAGCUACCCCUCUCCUGAGGAGCUGUGGCACCAACCGUGAGCAUCAAAGCGAGGGGAAAGGAAGGGGAGCACUUGGGUAAGGGGAAAGCCACCAUCAUCCUUCCCUUUUGUGCCAGGGGGCAGGGAGAAUGCUCUGGGCAUAUGAGCCUCAGGCAGGGGCUUGGGAGGGGGCGGCUGAGGGAUCUGGGGUGAGCCUGGCCCCCUCCCCAGACAGGCUGCUGGGGCAGGGCAGGCUGGGCUCUGGAGGUGAAAGGCAACAACAGCCAGGCACAGAGCUUGGCCCUGGGGAGGGUCAGUCCCCGUCUGCGUGCGGCACGAGACAAAUAAAGGGUGGUCUCUGCA